AUGGUCUCUUCUCCAAUCCACAAGGCAAGCCUCGUAGACCCUGCUCUACAUUCUCCUGCUCUCUUGGAGCUCCUCGAAAUAAAGCUAUCACGACCUGUUAUCGAAUAUGUCGUUGAUUGCGUAGUAGACACCGUCAACUACGCUAUGGGUCGUCCAUCAUCAUCUCAUCGUGGCCGCAGCGUGUCUCGCCGCCCAGAGCACACCAAAUUCACUACAUUUGUCUCAAAUGUUCUCACCAGAGCAGAAGUCACACUCCCUACACUUCUCGUCUCCCUCGUAUACAUCAAUCGCGCCAAACCUCACUUGCAAAUCGCCCUAGAGGAGUGGGCGUGCGAGCGUGUCUUCCUUGGCGCCAUAAUGAUCGCUAGCAAGUUUUCAAACGAUUCCACACUUAAAAAUGUUCACUGGGCUCUUUGCACCGGCGUAUUCGGCAAACGUGAUGUCGGCCGAAUUGAACGAGAAUUCCUCGACGUGCUUGAUUUUGAUCUGUCAAUUACCGAAGAUGACAUUCUCAGCCAUCACGAUGGCUUGUCUUCAGUCGCUCUUCCUUCCCACGACUUCCGCAGACUCGCAGAUUACUCUCCAUCCCACGCGCACUCACAAUACAACCGUUCGCACCACGUUCGCUGCCCAGAUUUGGAUCCUUCUAGCCCCCAUUCUUCAUCAUCUGGGAGCUCUCCUCAGCCUCUCACUCCAGAGGCUGUGCCAAACUCUUCAUUCAAUCCUGCUGUGAAUACACACCAUGAUGCUAUGGAACUCGUGAUUCCUCCCCCACCACCCCCGAAGAAGUCGUAUCAAGCUACAUCUACACUAGACUUGCUACGCUCAUUUCCUAUUCCCGUGCCUCAUUCAAGUUCACGUUCUCAGCCGGCUUCCAACAAGCCACACAAUCGUUAUUCGCAUUUUCCUUUUAAGAAUCCAGUGAUGCAAGUCGCUGCAUAG